GAAUUAAUCAGCCACCAACUGCUUGCCCAAAAGAAAGAAGGAAAAAGAGCUGCCUAGCUAGCUAACUCCAUCUGCCUGUGAGAAAGGGAGAGACAACUUACAAUCUUCAGUCUUCUUCUAUCUUGGUUUUCUCAGCAAAAACAAAAAUCUUCAUUCAUCUGAUUUUCAAAACACUACAAAUCAAGGAACCAGAUCUGGGUAUGCCGGAGACAGAGACACUCAAGAGGAGCUAGUUGUGGUCGACGUCGGCAGAAACUAUAAUAGUACUAGUUACAGCUCGAAGCCUCAAUCUUCAAGCUUCUGCUUCUUCUUCUGCACUAGUACUUUCUCUGCAAAGUAAACAAUAAAACAACAUCAACCAUUAUGGAUCGAGAUUGGGCAAAUUUGCCAAAGCAUCUUUUGGAUUCAGUUGUAGAGACAUUAGUGUUACCAACACACUAUGUGCGGUUUAGCCUUGUUUGUAAGUCAUGGUAUUCAGUAGCAAAGGAUAACAAAAACAAACAUGUUAGGAUGACAGCUCCAAUGUUGUUGAUUUACAGCGGCAAAAAAGACUAUUGGAAUUUGUACAACAUUGAUAGUAAUAAGGUCCUUGAUUUGCAAGUAAGAGUGCCGAAUAAGCGGCUUUGUGGGUCUUCAAAAGGGUGGUUAAUAUUUGUUGACAGGAAUGAUGUGGACAAGAAUUUUGGAGUAACCCUUGUAAAUCCAUUCUUUAGGGUUAAAGGAAGGAGAGAGAAAGCAAACUCUUUCAUUCGCCUAACUCCACUUAUGCCUCCAGGUUGGGAAAAAUGGUUUAAACGGUGUGAAGAAUACGUGUUCAAGGCUACAAUUUCAGCUGACCCAAUAUUAAAUCCAGAAGAUUGCAUUGUUAUGGUCAUACAUUUGGAAAGAUUGCAGUUGGCUUUUAUUAGACUAGGUAAAGACACAACAUGGACGUAUAUGGAUGAAAGGGAUAAUAUUGUUCUAGGGUGCCAGAUGAUUGAAGAAGUUAUCAAGAUUGAAGAUACAUUUCAUGCUGUGAGUUACUCGAAUAAACUUUAUACUUUUGACGUUAAUUCUCAGUCAUAUUCAAACGUACAAUUGGUUGUACCUGAAAAUAAACCAAUUAGGUUAAUCAAGAGAUAUAUAUUUGAAGGGGAAGGGAAAAGUUUGUUGAUGGUUCACAGAUACAUGGAAUAUGAAGGUGAUGAUUACAAACGGGUGACGAAGAAAUUUAGAGUAUUUGAAUUGAAUUCACAUAAGGGUGAGUGGGUUGAGAAAAGCUCAUUGGGUGAUAUUGCGCUUUUUGUAGGAGAUAACUCUUCUAUAUCUGUGUUGCCUUCAAAUAUUUCAGGAUGUCAAUCGAAUUGCAUAUAUUUUAAUCAUGAUUGUGAUCAUAUAUUCUGCCUUAACGCACCUCAUGAUUUUGGUAUUUAUAACGUUGUAGACCAAAUCUUCCUAGAAACUUACCCUGCACAUGUUAAGAAACUCAUGAAGAGGAGCUGGGGGCUACUACCAAUUUGGGUCAUUCCUACUUUGUAUCUUCAGCUGUAAAAGUUUGAACAAUGAGUUUUUAUAUUUGCUUAUUUGAAGAUCGUUGUAUUACAGUAUUACUUGUUAUUUAUUUAUU